CGAAUUUUGAAUAAUCAUAGAUAGAAUUAAGAUUUGCGAUUUGAAAUCCGGAAAACGGUGCCGUAUUGCUAUUCAGCUUCGAUUCGGGAGGUUUUUCGGUUAGGGUUUAGUGUUCUCACCUUUUCUUUAUUCGAUAGCAAUGGAAGCGCCUGAAAAACAAGAAGAAACAGUCAAUUAUAGGACCAAAAAAUUGGCUGGGACUGUCAAUUGGGGGACGGCAACUGUUGUUGGAGUAUUUGCUGGCUUGCUUUACGGUGGUAGCAAAGAGGCUUCUGCUUCUGUCAGCAAGGAUGCAGAAGUAUUACUGAAGCUUGGAAGCACUUCAGAUAAGCGUGAACAACAUCGACUUAUGAGAGAUGCAAUGGAGAAAAGAUUUCUCCGAGUCACUCGUGGUUCGCUAGUUGGUGGAAUUCGCCUCGGGAUGUUUACUGCCGCCUUUUACGGUUUGCAAAACCUGCUUGCUGACAAUCGAGGCGUGCAUGAUGUUUAUAACGUAGUUGGAGCUGGUUCUGCUACUGCUGCUACAUUUGGUCUAAUCAUGCCAGGUUCAUUCCGUUGGCGUUUGAGAAAUGCGAUGUUAGGUUCGGUUUUAGGUGCAGCAAUCUGCUUCCCACUUGGUUGGCUACAUUUGAAGCUUGUUGAGAAAGCAAAUGAAGGUACUGCUUCUGAAGUUAGUGAUACCUCGGAAACGAAGAGCAAUAUUGUUGCUGCAGUCGAGACUUGAGACAGGAACUUAAACGAAUAGGACUAUUUUGUCGAACUGCAAUAACCACGAUAUUCUAAGUCUCAACGGGAAGUAAUCGGCAAAGGCUGAAGCAGGCUGUGCUGCCCUUGAUCUUGCGCGUGCGGAUAAUUAUGUUUAUAAGCAGGGUGGCUAAUUUCGACUGUAAAUUAGACAUAUGUUUGUACUUUUUUGAGAAUAAUGCUAGUAGCUUUAUGCCGAAAUGAUUUAUUGGGAUUAAGCGCAUCGAGAAUAAGACAUAUACUGCAUUGUAAUACGUGUUCUAAGACAAAAUGAACAAAUAUUAAAUUUGACGUGUUUUCCCU